ACCUGUGAGUUAACCUCCCUCUAUAUACCUGUGAGUUACAGACAUACCUGUGAGUUGUAGACCCGUGGGAUGUUCUCUCUGUGCUGGGAUAGGUAUGUGACCCCAGAUGCUAGGGGGGAGGAUGAUGAUGGUAGGAGAUGAAGCUGGGAUCAGUUCAGCGAUAUAUAUACACUGUACACUUUUAUCAUAUUUCCUUCCCUUUGGAUUACCACUGGACAUAUCUCAGUGAAGUUCUCUGGAUCGUAUACAACUGGACAAAUAUCUUUCUUGAAAGUUUUCCAAAAUGAUAGACUUGAAAAGUGCCAUUCCUAGAAGGAAAAAAGUCAGACAAAAAUUACUCUGGGCGGAGAUAUUCCGGGUACAGGGAGAUGGGGAAGGCAUGCGAUGGAAGCGGGUAUCUGAGGACGUGGUGCCUAUCAACAUCUCUUGUGUAGAGGACAAUCCGGACACAGUGUUCCAGGUGACUGCUUACAACAGACACGUGGAGAAGAUCUUUGAUGUCAAGAUCGUGCAGCCAGGAACAAUAAUAUGUCCAGCCACUGAGAGCUUUGUCCAUUGGCGUGAUUCUGCGGCCAAAGUCGAGUGGGGCCUCAAUUUCACUACACCAUCAGAUGCUAAGCGUUUCCGGGACUGCUGCACAAAUCCAGCUCAGAAAUUUUCUCGAAAGGCAUCAUCAGCAAGUUCCCUUCGACUGAGUCCGCCAAAGGUAAGAAAUAGGAUAAAGGGCAAAGACACAUCAAUUUCCUCUCCCAACUCACCAGUCCAUCACAACAAGAGAACAGUGUCAAGUCCAUUUGAGCUUGGCUUCCCUGACACAUGCGACCACCUGACAGCUGAUAUAGACCUCAGUCAGCCAGACAAAAAAGAAAAAUCCGCCACAAUUCCUCGGACAGCAGCCGACUCAGAACAAGAUGCACAGUUGUUUAAACCAACUGGGAUUCUGAAACCACCAUCAAGUUCAUCUGUGUACGAUAAUGUUACCAAUGCUCCUGCAAGGAAAUCCAAUGAAACUGAAACCAAUGUUAACAAUCGGAAAUCCAUGCCCGCAGUGGGCACAACCCAUGUCUCUUUUGUAGUUGAUAACCUGUUACAGAACACCCGACCUGCAUCAGCCAUACAAUUCACAGAACAGUAUUAUCAGACCCAGUAUGACAAUGAAUGUACCCCUUGUCAGAAAGGACCAGGGCGGUGUUCCUCUGCUACGUUACCGGCGGGGAUCUCUAAGACAUGUGAAAAUGUGCGAAUGGAAACAGCGUUCGUUGGCGACUCUUCAAAAUCGUGUCAAGGUCUGAGUUAUUGUGGUAACCACGGUGAUAGUGUCACAGUUCUGUCACCACAGGCAGUAAAACCUGGCACAUUGUCUCAGAAAACCUCCUCUUCAGAAUCUCCAGAAUGGCCCUCUCCCCCAGAGCCUUUGACCCCCAUGACCCCUGUAAACCCUAUGUGCAAUGUUGACUUUGAUAGUUCAGUGUUAAAGCGUAUGCUACAGUCCCUUCCAGUUUCUCCUGAAGAAGUAGAUCUUAACAAAGACCAAGGAUUCCAUGACGAUCCAGUUUUGCGUGAAAAUCCAAAGACAGACGAUCCAGAAAUGUUGAAGCGUGCCAAAAGUUUUACCUCACGCGAUAGGUCAGAGGUCAGGGCAGCAUUUGCAGCCCAGCAUAGUGUGAGCAUAGCACCUAGUCAGGACCGACCCCAGGGCCACUCCAAACUUGUGUCAACCAAAUCGAAACAAACUAAACUCCUCAUUGAGAAUGAGCUACGGCUGCGGAACAAGUGUGCUCGUGAGAGCUACGGACGGGACAGCUAUCCCGACAGUGGAAUUGGUGGGAUGACGGGAGACACUGCGGGCUCAGUGUGGUCCAGCGACAGUGUCAAGGCCUCCUCCAACAUCACAGGCCUGGAAGUGGGAUCAACAAAGACAGGUGGUUCAUCAGGUGGGAGUAGUCAUGACAGCAGCAGCAGUGGUCGUCAUAGUGACAUCAUCAACCAACUCGGGGAAGGCACCGACAUUAAACAGUUUAUGUCACCAGAGUUCCUAGAUGAUGACGGUGCUGAGAGUGAUGACAGUAUACAUACAAUGACAGAGGCCGAAUCUCAUAUAUCUCACAAGAAGUUUGGUGCUAUUAGAAAGGCGGGAUGGCUGGUGGUAAAGAACUGGCUGAUUCAGAGGAAGAGGAAGCUGGAGCUGGCACCAAAGAGGAAGUGGAAACGUUACUGGGUGUGUCUCAAAGGAACUGUCUUACUCUUCUUCGACUGUGACGAGGAAACUCUGAUUGAUGAAAACACCAUCCCACGACAUAUUCUAGUCAUUGAAGGGGGAAUAACUCAGGCAGUCCCAGAGCAUCCAAAGAGAGACAACAUUUUCUCCCUUAGUACAGCCUUUGGGGACGCCUACCUGUUCCAGGCACUAUCACCAACUGAAGUGGACAGCUGGAUUUGUGCUGUGCAUUCUGCAUGUGCAUCUGCAUUUGCUCGGCAACAUGGAAAGGACAACACUCUACGCCUGAUGAAGAGCGAGCUACACAAACUGGAGACCAACAUUGAUGUGGAUGUGAAGAUGAAGAAAAUGGCAGAACUCCAGUUGACUGUUGUUAAAGAUCCGCGUAGUCGUCAGGCUAUCAUUAAACAGAUUGGCCAAUGGGAGGAGAAUUUGGAGAAGUUAUUCAUAGAACAGUAUCGCCUGCGAUGUUACAUUUCUUCACUUCAAGGGACAGAACUUCCUAACCCCAAGGUCCUCCUCGCUAGUGCUUCCAAGGUGACCAAGACAACACUAGGAAGACUGGGAAUAUUCACUGUGACAUCAUUCCAUGCUCUUGUGUGCGCUAGGAAGCCACUUGUGGUACCCAAUAUCUAUGGCAAAGGUCACCACAAGGGGGGCAUGCUUUCCCCACGGGGGGACGGCACCUUUAAAUACAACAUAAAGACAAGUCCCACCAAGAGCUGUACUACAGACGGUGUCUACAAGGCCACAGACUUUGACGAGGUAGUAGCUGAUCUCUACAAAGACAUACCUGAUGGCAUCUCCGACAAGUCAGAGGAAAGCGCCAUAAUGGAAACUCUGUCUCGCAUAGCUUUACCUAAUAACCAGGAAUUGGACAACACAGAACAAGUGAACAUUUUGGUUGGAGUAGACAAGAAGACCUCGGUGCAGCACCUGUUGGAGUCGGUGUGCAGCAAGCGACAGCUUAAUCCUUCAGACCAUUAUGUACGAAUAAAAAUGCCAAACGCGCCACAAGGAAAUUACUAUAUACCAGAUAUGCAAGACAACAUUAAGAAACUUAAAUAUGAGUCUAUAGAGGUUUGCCAGAAAAGUGUGUUCCAGCUAGAUCUACAGAAAAACGAAUGUGAUACAGAGUUUGGGUUCGCAGUAGAGGCAGAGUUAGCAGAAGACAUAGAGCGUGACGACGAACUCCGCUUAUAUGUCAGCAACGUCCUACAGAACGGCAUCGCUCACCGUACAGGUCUAAUUAUCGGUGAUGAGAUACUGGUCAUCAACGGUAAGAUUGUGUCGGAGCUGGACAUGGUGUAUAUAGAAGCCAUGUUGCAUGAGUCUAUGUCCCUGUGUUUGACUGUGCGGUCACUUCGCACACAGCCACCCCCUACCUCUGUCGCCGUGGACCCCGCAGACAUCAACCGGAUGGUGUGUCCUCCUCCACCCAGUCAGUCACGCAUCAGUGAGAAAAGUCUGGGAAAACUAACGGUGCCUGCACCUGUAGCUAAUGGUGAUCACAAAAAUACAACAUCACCGAAGCAUGAGUCAAUGCCAAACUUGUCACCAACCCAGAUUGAUGCACUUCUAGAGAGUGCUGACCAGGUAACGGCCAUCUGUCGGACAGGAAGUGACAACACUAUGGCUAACAAUAUGGACAGUGUCCAUAACUACAAACCUCUGUCCGAGUCCCAGAAACUGCGUAAGGUCAUCAUGGAGCUGAUAGAGACAGAGCGCGCCUAUGUCAAGGAUUUGAACUUCCUGACGGAGCGCUAUCUGGAGCCCCUCAAGCAGGAAACCUGCCUCACCUCUAAUGAAAUUGACCAGCUCUUUGGGAAUAUCCAGGAGAUUGUGAUUUUCCAGCGGCAGUUCCUCAAGAGUCUGGAGGAAGCCAUGCAGUUGGAGGAUGAGUUCUUCACUACAGAAGAUCCAAAGAAUUACAGGGACCUUGAACUACGGCGAGUAUUAUUUUCUCUGGGCGGAUCGUUCCUCUUCUAUGCCAAUCACUUCAAAGUCUACAGUUCAUUUUGUGCCAGUCAUACUCGAUCUCAAAAAAUUCUCAAUCCAGGUAAACAUGAUGCCAAUGAAGCACUGAGGAAGUUCCUCCAUGUGAGGAAUCCCAAACAACAGCACUCAUCAACACUGGAGUCGUACCUGAUCAAACCAAUACAGCGAAUACUGCGAUACCCUCUCCUCCUACAACAACUCUGUAACCUUACAGACGCAGACACCGACGAACAUUAUCACUUAUCAGAGGCCCUGAAGGGUAUGGAGGCUGUAGCAGAACAUAUCAAUGAAAUGCAGAAAAUUUACGAGGAAUAUGGUGCUGUGUUUGAUGAGCUUUCCCGCAUGUUCAGAGACCUUUACCCUCAUAAAAAGGCAGUGGAGCUGAGUGUUGGAGAGCUGCAGAUGUAUGGUACAGUGGAAUGGUGCAAUAUCUGUGAUAGUCUGGGCAAGAUAAAGAAAGGCCUAGAUCUAGAGAAUAUCAUCUUUGUCUUCAAAUCUGCCGUAGUGUUCCUGUGUCGAGAGAAAGUCAAGAAAAAGAAGGGAAAGAACCAGGCAAACAAAGGCACGCCAGAGACACACGAGUGUGUGGAGCGUUUCCGGACACUUAUACCGGUUACUGAGGUACAAGUCCAGGGAGGAAAGGUCAGCGAUAUGGACAAGCACUAUUGGUGGGAGCUGGUCCACUCACGGUCAGACAAGGAGGGACGGCCAGAGAGGGUCUACCAAUUCUGUAACAGUUCGACAGAGGCCAAAUCAGACUUUAUGAAGAUAAUUCGUCAAACAAUACGGGAAAGUGUAAGGAAGAUGACGCUGCCACAGGGAGGCAAUGGAAAGACCAGCAAGAACUACAUUCCAUAUGGUGGUAAACGUCUUGAGGGGCUGGUCGGGAGCAAUGUACGCACACUAAGGAAAAAACAGGCCAACAAGAUCCUGGACGGUGAGAGACAUUCUAUGGAAUUGGAUGGGAAAGUGAACUUGCUAGAAGGUGAUUCUUUUAGGACUCGCAGUAAGACAGUAGGCGAUUUAAAUGUUGAUGAUCUGGACAAUGAAUCGCAGGCUGAAACUUACGUUGCAUGCUCCGAGCCGCAAAUCUCGGCAGACUCCAAGAGCUCUUGUUCUUCUAAUUCUAAUCUCAGCACAUCUAGUCGUAACAGUGGUUCAGCCAAGCUGACCUUCGCCAGUGCUAACCCGGUCACUCACUCGUCAAGCAGUAUCAGCUGUGACGAUGGUGGCUCCCCUGUAUGGAAACCUAGACAUGAAACUAUUUAUGGACCCAAAUUGUCUCCCCCUAGUUCUUCUGUUAGCAGUAAGGUGAAGAGUUACAACAAACAUAUACAAAGUGACAAGGCUUCGUCAGAUAUUCUGUUUAAAGUGAUACAAACACUGUGGUUCUCAAACAGACAUCUUUUAGUGGGUUUAAAGAUACUGAGUGCUGACACAGACUGUCAGUGUGACUCUCCAUGGUUAAAGUUCCUGUGUCAAUUAUUCAACUACUAGUUCAACUACACUACCAUAAAACUGAGUAAUUUUUUAUAAAAUGUUUGUAAGAUUUAGAAUAAAUACCAGUGAAUGUCUCAUAUAUACAAGGAUACUUCCGGAUGUGCAUUUAUGAUUAGUGUGCAAUGCUCAAGAUACUGUAUUUAUACAAGAUGUAGGUUUUAUUGGUGAUAUGGGCGGAGUCUGUGAUGAUAUCUGUGUAAAGGAUGCAGACAUGUUUACCAACUGAGAAAAUCUCUACUUAUCCAAUAUAAGCCUGACAGUAAUUGGCUAAGCCUAUUGUCUUGUAAGCCUAACAGUGAUUGGUUAAGCAUGUUGCAAGCCUUGCAGUGAUUAGUUAAGCCUGUUGUAAGCCUUGCCAUGAUUGGGUGAGCCUAUUGUAAGCCUUGUAGUGAUAGGCCUGUUUACCUCAGCCUGGAGUUGGUGGUAUAUCUACCAAAAACAACUCCUUUGUAUAAACCAGUACUAUCAACCUAUAUUCUAAUCUAUUUUAAAUGAUUGUUACACAGUUUUCUUAAUAUGCAGAAAAAAUGAUAUUUAAAACAAAUUUGAGAUUAUAUUAACUCUUAAGCUUAUACAUAACCUAGAAAGUUUCGCAGAGCACAAGAUAAUUCUUUAAACAUAAAAAGCUGACAGAGUGUAUAGGGGUAUAUUUGUAUCUAGUACUAUUGUACUCUUGUAUAAACUGGAUUUUAAAUGUUAUGCAAAUGAAGUCACUCGGAUGUGUUGUAUUUUAAUCUUUUAUUGUAAGAUGUCCCCAAUGAUGAUAUGAUAAGAACUUGGCAUUGACUAUGACAGAAUUUCACCAGAAUGAUGCAGACAUUAUAUACUUUAAGAUGAUAUAGCUAUUGUAAUAAAAUGCUCUGUGAUGUCAACCCACCAAAAUAACUUUCAUAUCAAAAAACUACUUUUAAUAAUAAAUAUUGUAAUUGGUACAUCCCUCUCCCAAUCCUACUCAUGUCGACCAUAACCGAGUCGUCUCCCCUUGAUAGUCUAUUUUAGGACUUUGUGGAUGGGGCGGUAUCCAUGAUCAAGCUCCGAUAUACCAUAUUGGGCCAACAUGGUUAAUGUGUUCAGGCUGUACUCUGUAUAAUAGUCAUGCUAAACGUUGAUGUAUAUGUGUGCUGUACAUCCCGCUGUAACCAUCCUUGUGAGUCCGACACUUGUAUAAUACUAGUCAGUCCUGACACAGGGACAUAUGUUGUUAUGCGUUGAUAUGUCAUUACAUGUACCUGACUGUUCUAAUUGCCCAUUUCAGUGUCUAGUAGGACAUGUGAGGAGAACCAAGAGGUAAUUUAGCACUUGUAUCAAACUUAGCUUCUCAUAAAACAUCCUAGCGAAUCGUGGUAGAUAUUGUACCUAUACAAACUUGCAUCUUGUGUUUUGAUUGUGGCUGUAUAUGUACAUAUAUACCAAUGACACCUACCUGGGCAGGUGUUUGGUCCCCUGGGGAUCGCUAUUGAUACUCAUCCUCCCUGUGUUUUUGGUUUAUUUGGACCCUGUAGAAACUUUGAUGGUGCUGGAACUUUGUGAUGAUGCAGGUGUCUUGCAUGAUAGUGCUAUUUCACUGGUUUGAGUUGUCACUAUGACGUAUUUUAAGUCAUGUAUUAUGUGAAGAUGUACAUUUUUGUCAAAUUAUUUGAAUCUCUAUAUGUUCAGAAUUUUCAGCUUUCUUAAGGAUAUUAUGGUAAAAACCUUAGUAUUGAAAAAGACACUCAAGUUGAAGAAGAAAUACAUUUGUGGUGAUGAUUUUUUAAAUUAUCAAUAUGUUAAAUCUCAAUUAUCAAGUGGGGUUUUUUUUUAAUUCAGAAGAAUAAACAUUUGAUUUUUUUCAAACAUGUUAAUGAAUAUUUUAACCAUUUUUUUAUCAUUUUAAAUAUUGAUACCGGCAAAUAUCUAAAACUUGAAAUAAUUUCCAUUUGAAUGUCUUCUUCAUUUCAAAGGUCGUAUGUGAUUGAGAAUAUUAUAAGUGUACAAUAUACAUGGUGUGAAGUACUGAGCCAUUCUUGUAUCCCAUGUCUUAUUUGCUCAUUUCCUUUUCAGCAUUGCAUGCCUAGGCCCGUAGGGGCGAUGGGAGAGUGUAGUAGAUUAGUGUGGUAAAGAGUGGGAUCUAUGGUGGGGUCAAGCAUGGUUAAUGGGAUGUCGGAUGGAAAUUAAUUCUUAAACUUUUAAUAUUAUUGUUUAACUUUCAGUCAAUUUAAAAAUUAUUUCCUGAUAAAACUCAAUUUUUUAACUUAAGUUAUGAUUGAAAAAAAAAAUCUCAUUUUACCAUCAUUUUGAUUUUGAUUAUUAAUGAAUGUCUGGCUCUGAUAAGUUAAUACAGAAUAUUUUUAAUUGUAUUUUUUAAAAUUACACAAUGAUAGAUAAAGAAAUAUUACCUUUCUAAUAUUCUAAUGUAAUUAAAGUUAUCUCCCCUUAGGUAUGAACAUUCAGAUAUAUAAUCAGAGUGAUUUCCCUUGGAGUAUAAACUUUUCUACCCAUAAGUGUGAAAAACUGCCACAUACACAUACCAUAAAUAUUUAAGGCACUUUGUAUCAAAAAGAUUUAAUUGCUUUUUAUGGAACAAAGAAAUCUUCAUCAAUUAGACGGAUAUCAGAUAUCUAGUUUAUUCAAUGUCUUCAGUUCAGUUUAUAACAUAGUCUGUUUGACUAAGUAUCCAGUGUUUGAAUUAGAAUGAAGAUGACAAGUGAGUGGAUACCGAUGAGAGUGUGUGGUUCACUGUGGUCAGAUCUGUAGAUUGUAUAUUAGUAACUGCUUUACCUGGUAUUUUUGUGUCGGUUCUUGUGCUGUCCGAGAUAUCUUUUUCUUUCUCGCAUGUUCAUACGUUAAUGAAUACAGCAAUGCUGAUAUACCGAUGUUCAUGGGAUACUGUGCAAUCUUUAAAUUUUUUAUAUCUGUAUAUAAAGUUGCAAUGAUCUAACCGGAUGUGUUAGCCAGUUGUGUUGGUUAUAAAAUUGUAUACCUUUUGUGUAAAUAAUCAUUUUAGCAAUGAUAUGUUUAUCAUAUUUUAGAAAAUAUUGCAUAAUCCAUCGAAACAUUUAGUUUAGAUAUUCUAUUUCAAACAGAAAACAUAUCAUUGUUGAUGAUUGUCACGUAAGAAUAGCUGGUUAUUGUACACCUAAGAAUAGCUGGUUAUUGUACACCUAAGAGUUAUUUUAUUCUACGUAACUUAUAGCUAUGUUAGUUGGUCGUAUGUUGACAUAUGACAUAUAAACAAAUAAACGUUUAACAGAAAACCAUGAUUUCACUUUAUAUUACUGUAGGUUUGAGGUUAACUCACCUCAUUUAGAUAGAAGAGUUCUAAUGAAAAUGUAAUCACCACAUUGACUAUGGAUAUAAGAUUUCAGGGUCGUCUUCUAGUGCUAUAUUAACCAGAGAAAGUUUACAAUUCAAAAAUUCAGCUGUUUAGAAAAUAUCUUAAAAUUAAAAUCACAAAUGCAUUGACACAUUUAUAUUAUUAAAUAAAAUAUAAUGAAUCUUUA